AUGCAUGGGUUGUUCUCCUUCUUCAAGAAGAAACCGGCUCCGAAGGCGGUCACGAAAGAGGAGACGACCACCAGACACGAGAGUUUUUGUGAUGUUAACGAGCUCAUGUCCGACGAAACUGUGAAGAAAGAACAGCAUCCAAUAGAAGCUCCAAAAUCUAGGAAGAAGUUUGCAGCACCCAGUGCCCCUGAUCCUCGGAGUAGCCCCACUGUUGAUCACAUAGCAAGGGAUCGUCACGACGAGGUCAAAUCUUCUCAGGCAGAAAAUCCUCCCACCGCGGCAACUGUCCAGCAAGGAACCAAUACCGAGGAGAGUCAGAAAACUGAGGACCACAAGGUGAAUGCAUCUGAAAAGAAAAGUUUGGCAGUAGCCGCAACACAUAUGCACGAAGUUAUCCAUUAUUCUCCUCAGAGCACAGUGAAAUCGUUUGCAACGCCACCUCUUCCCAAUUCAGAAGUACCUUAUGUAGAAAGGCGGUCGAACAUCAUUUUAAAUGACAAGAGCGGCCUCAAAACGAUUCCUGUCUCACAGUUCGACGGUACAAUAAGUAAGCAACGGGAGAAGAAGGUUGCAGCACCGUCUCCGCCGACGUCAUCUCCCGCACUCGAACUUAAAUCCCAGACACUGUUUUCACCUUCUGCCAAGAUUAAUUCCGUCAGUAGCCCGAAAGAAGCAAUAUCCGUAAACGAUGUUCAUUCGUCGGAUAGUUCCGUUAUUCCGCGGGAACAAAAUUCCGUGGAGGAAAACGAGCAACUUAAGUAUGCGACUGAGAUCACACAUGAUUAUGAAACACUCAAAACCAAAUUUGACCUCUGGCAGGCGCUACAGGCGGAGAACCGAAACUCGGCGGAAGCGAGACAAUUGCAUAUGGAGAUCAUAUAUCAGCAUGACUCUUUGAUGAAAAAGCUGCAACAAACUGCUGACAUCGCAGUGCCGACGGGAAAGGGCAGACCAAGCAUCGCUCCAGACACCUUCACUCCUUGGCGCGCUAACAGGAACCUGGCUCCUUCGCCCACACAAAAUCCUCGCAUGCCGCAAAACAUAGGAUCCAAGACCCGACCUCCCGCACUUCCAGCAAGAUGGACGCCGACUUCCUCUUCUCAUUCUCUUUCUCCAACGACUUCCACAUCGAGUGAAGACACAGAUCGGUCGCUUUUUGCCGGCAAACAAUCGCGUGCUGUCACCACAAGGGACGGACUCCCUGUUUCUGCUGUGCCAGGAGUGACUCAUAACAUCCUUGUAACUCGCACGUCGGUAAGGCCAAAAGUCUGCAUUCAAGUGACUGGAAAGUGCAAGAGAUGCGGUUUGGAGUGGACUCCAACAAAUAAGCUCUACCUGUCCAUUACGAGAGAACGCAAUGUUCCUCCAAAAACUCAUGGGACCGGAGAUGCGCAACCUGUACAUGGACCUGAUGAUGCAAGCCAAGAAGAUCAAGCACGACGUCAUCGGGCUGAGACGAGACGACGCCACCUACUAAACGCCGUGCACGAUACUGGAGAAGAUUUGUCCCUAGGAACAUGCGAGAAUAGAGAAGUUGGUGGAGUUGGCGUCCUGGUCAGCACAAGUAUGGCAAAGAACAUCGGCUUUUUCGAAUAA